UAUGCCGAUAAAGUCGCGAUCUGUCCACCAGUCGGCAGCACCAUCGACUUUCGGGCAUUGAACAAGUAAGAUGGCCGCCACCGACUCGAGUUUAUCUAGUGAAAAUCCCGCCAAGAAGGAGGAUGAAUUCAACGAAUUUUACACGGAGGUUAAAGAAAUCGAGAAAAGAGACUCUGUGCUGACACCUAAACAACAAAUUGAUAGAUUAUUACGACCUGGAUCAUCUUACUUUAAUUUGAAUCCAUUUGAAGUUUUACAGAUUGAUCCAAGUACAGCGAUAGAUGAAAUCAAAAAGAAAUACCGUCGUAUGUCAAUUUUGGUGCAUCCCGAUAAAAAUCAGGAAGAUGCAGAGAGAGCGCAGCAGGCAUUUGAAAUUGUUAAUAAAGCGUGGAAAACUUUGGAAAAUGAGGAAACCAGAUCAAAAUGUAUGGACGUCAUUGAAGAGGCAAAGGCUCGGACUGAUCACAUGAUUGCAGAAAAGAAGAAAAAGCUGAAGAAAGAAGGAAAAUCAGAGAAUUCAACUCCGACACUUUUGGAAGAAGAAACUGAGGAGGGUUACAGACAUGCAGUCUGGGUUAUGACGAUGAAGUUGUUUGCCGAUAUGGAGCGAAGAAGACGGGAAUUAGCCACUAGAGAUGCAGAACAGCGCAAAAGAAAACGCGAAGAGGAAUUAUCAGCAGAAGCUCAGGCGGCGUUAGAACGCGAAUGGCAACGAAACUUUGAGGAAUCUAGACAAUCACGUGUCGAUAGCUGGAAAGCGUUCCAAUCCGGUACCAGUGCCACAAAACAAAAAAAAGCGAAAAAGCUGAAGGCCUUUAGGCCGCCGAAGACGAAGGCGGAAUCGCGAUAAUCGCAGUCACACUCUUUUCUCCACUUUCGAUGUGCGAAUACUGGUUUCAGUUGACGCGAUACUUUACCUUUUAGAGAUUUUCUCGCAGUGUGUUAAUGUAGAUAGAUUAAGUGAUUCAGCACAGCGCAAUAUUAAUCCAGCCAUCGAUCAACGUGCUGGAUCACUUGGAACUGAAAGAUAUUGGAUUCUUCAGCCCUUCUUGGCUCCAGACCAUUCAAUUUAGUGUAAGACAAGAGUUUUUCGAUAAUGGCGUCCAUUAUUAACUCAGUGCCGAGAUUCGAGUUUCUAAAAGAUUCUCACACUAAUGAUCAUCAAUUUCACUAAUCUAAGAACAAUUUAUUAUAUUUUUGACGAAAAUACAUCUUUUUAUUUUAAUGAUAUAAGAGGAUUAUGAUACAUACUGAAGCUGCUUAUAUAAAAUUGAAUUUUGAAUGAAUUUGGUGAAAUUGAUUGCAUUCAACUUCUUUGCUUAGAUGAUCGUGAUUUAAAGCCAGAGAGAUUUUAAAUGUUGGUGUUACGAGUAAAACCAAUGUUAAGAGCAGAUACAUAUUUUUGCGAGAAGAAAAGAUAUACAAGAUGUUCCUAAACUAGCGAUAAAUAUUUUAAUGACAAAUUUUUUGUAACAUUUUAAAACGAGAAUUUUAACGAAAAUGUCGAGGCUAUAGUAGUUUUCAAAUGAGAAAGUUUGAAGUUCACGAAUGACAGGGCUAGAAUUUCGCACUCUCAGGAAUGACAAAAUAGCCAGUAAAGCAUUGCUUUGGUAAAGAUACUUCCACGAAUCGAAUGCCUUUGACAAUAAUGAAAUUAUUAUAAAAAUAUUCAAGAGUCUCAUUAAGAAUUUAUUUCUGUUUAUCCGUAAUGAAUCAUAAGAACAAUUUAAAACAUUUUUAUUAUUUUUCAAUAGUUUAAUACAUUGAUAUUGAUAUGUAUCAAUUGUUUAUCUAUCUUCACAUUGAAAUUGGUCAAUAAAAACAUUUUUUGUUCCAACAGAGGUUGAAUUUGUCGAUAAAAUAUACAUAUACGAAUCCAUUCCUGAGCGCGCGAAAUUCCUGUCAUUCAUUAUUUUUAAACUUUUCCCAUUUGAAAACUGUUAUAAGCUCGACAUUUACGUAUUAAAAUUUUUAUCUUAAAAUAUUACAAAUUUUUUGUGAUUAAAAUAUUUAUCGCCAGUUUAGAGACAUCCUAUAUAGAGAGGAAACACAACCUAUUGAAUGAAUAGGGAACGCAUCUCUUUAUAACACACCGUGUAUAUGUGAAUGGAAUGUGAAUGGAACAAGUUUCAUUGUGUGUAUCAGUCUUAUAGUGUAAAAUCGCGCCGUUUGUUUUGAAAACAAUGUAAAUUGGAUGUCAAAUAAUUUUGCUAAAACGAAUAAAAUUCUACAUAUAAUUUAAAUUUAUUCUUAAGUUAAUUCAAACAUUUAAAUUAGAAUUUUAUUUAAAUUUUUUCGUUUACAUCGUUUUCAAAAUGCACGGCUCGAUUCAUCUUGCAUCAAAAUCUUGCGUUUCCUCGCAGAAUUAACGAUUAAGGAGUUUAUCUCGCAAAUUUCGUAAUUUUGCGGCAUUGAUGAUUUACAUAUAUAAAAAAGGAAAGAAAGAAAGAAAAGAAAAAUUUCUUCAGAGCAUUGUACAUUUGCAAUACCCCGUGACAAAUGUCAAUUUUAUAAUCUACGCGUAUCUCGUGCUUUUAUUAUUAAACGUACGAUCGUCCAUCAUAAAGAAAGUAGGAUGUGUAUUAUCGCGAUGAAUUUAGAAUUCAGGGAAUUUUGAUGAUACCAUACUUUGGAUGAUAAACAACAAGAUCGUGCGAAUUAAUAUAUAAGAUGGAAAUUGUUGCAAAAGAUUGCAUAAAAAUUAUAAUAUUUAUUGUAACAGGAACUGAUUGAACCUAAGACUCAAUAAUUCAAAUUUUGGGAUUUUCAAAAUUUCAUCUGAAUUCAUAACUAAAAAAAAAAAAUCUUUAUACUAUUCUUUUCUUUAUACUACUAAAGAGAAACGAUCCUUUUCGCAUUAUUGCAAGGGAUUCGAUUCUGCACUGAAUAAGACCUCGAAUUAUCGUGAUGCCGUUUGAAUUUAAGCUCCGUUAUUUAAAAGAAAUAUGAUAUUGUGAUAACUCGUUUAUUAUAUUUCACGAACACUUCAAUAUUAUACGAACAAUGUACGAUUGCGGAGCUUCAUCGAGAAUGAAAAUAGUUUGUUCGAGCUUUGAAAUCAACUGUGAAAUGUGAAUAUAUAUACGUAUAAAUUGUUUCUAAAAGACUGUUUAUUGCACGUGACUUCGAUAUAUAAUAUGUAUAUCCUAUUCAACUGCAUUAAAGAAUCUUUCAUUGAAUCGUGAUUGUAGAUAACGACAUAAGAUAUCCAUUUAAAUGCACUCUGUAAUAAAAAGACAUAUACGACCGCGCUUUCUCAUUUCUCACAUCGAAAUUGCUGCAAGGAAUAUACAUACAGGGUAUUCUAAAUUUCUCACAUUAUUUCUCGCCUAUAGAUUUCUCGAUUUUGCAGUUAAUAUUUAAAAAAAUACUCGUACAAUUAUUUUCUAAGGAAAAAAAAAAGAAAUAAAAUCUAAAUUGAUUAAGAAAUCUAUAUAAA